UUGGUGAUGUGAUUAUGAGGAGGAUUGAAUUCUGCUGGGAAAGAGCACCGACCCACCGCGUUCCGGUCGUUUCAUAUUGCUAAAAACGAUAUGAUCAAUUCCAGGAAUGUUUCCUUCUUUGGCAGAACGCUAUCACUGAAAAAGGAUUUAAUGGGGCGAGGAAAGAUCGAAGCGAAGAAAAUUGAGGACAAAAAGAAUAGAAUAGUGACGUUUUGUAAAAGGCGAACAGGUCUAAUGAAGAAGUCACGGGAGCUUUCCGUGAUGUGUGACGCCCAAGUGGGUCUCGUUAUCUUUUCUCAAACCGGCAAACUCUCUCAUUUCUCCUCCCCCAGUGACAUGAAUGUGGUUAUUCAAGCAUAUCAUGAACAUGUUAAAAGUAGUGGUAAAUUGCCAUCUAAAUUCCAGUCAUCAUCUCAGUCAGAAAAGGUAGCAGGAUUGAUGCAAAAGAUACAGGUCACGGAGAAAAUGGUUAGGAAUUUAAAGGGGGAGGAACUUUCUUCUUUGGGUCCUGAUGACUUGGAGCAAGUGGAGCGCCAGAUUCAAGUAGGAAUGAAUAGAGUAAGGGAGAGAAAGAACCGACUUGUGGAGGAGCUCCAAAGGAGGGCCAAUGACUUGCAAAAAGAUAAUGAUGAACUACACAAAAUGAUGCAGCUCUCCGAAGAGAGGAGAUAUGGAGAGAGAAUUUCCAACGAUAAUGUUGGAAUGCUAUCAACUGGAAUGGCUACCAACCCUUGGCAGCAAAGCUUUCAACAACCAUGGCAGAUGUAGAUUCUAUUCUUCAAUUAUUUGGAGUUUAACAAAUAAAUCAUUCAUCGGUACGUCUACCUGAGCAGGAGCAUCGUCUCACCGUACUGCAAGGAUGGCAGUGAUCCAAACUAUUUAUAUACAAAACAAUUGGUCAUAUUUUAUUGCAACUAUUUGAUGUAAUAAAGGAACUAAUUUUAAAUGCUUCUAUAUAUAGAUAAUCCUAUCGUGCCAAAUAUUUUUUGAUUUCUAUAUAUAAGUUCUAUAAGAUGAGAUUAUUUUUUCCUAA